AUGGUUCCGUUCGCACACCACAAAAAAAAUGGUGUUGCUGAGCAGCAAAACCGAACUCUACAAGACGCUGCGAGGACAAUGUUAUGUGACUCUAAACUUCCGGUUUUCUUUUGGUCCGAGCCGAUUAACACGACGUAUUAUGUUCAAAAUUUUGUUCUGAUCAACAAAGCUCAGAUGAAGACUCCAUAUGAAAUUCUCUACGGUCAUAAGCCAUCUGUUAGUCACUUCCAUAUCUUUGGCAGUCCUUGCACCCUCCUUCAUCUGGAAUCCAAUCCCAAAUUCAACGCCAAAGCCGAUGAUUGUUACUUUAUGGGGUAUGCUGCUCGCACGGCGUACAUGGUCUACGAUAAAAGGACAAAGCAAAUCGUAGAAUCCUUCGACGUGUGCUGGUCGGAGGAGAACAAGACAGAUGCCAGAGUCGGUCCAUAUUGGUUGUUUACCUACACAUCUUUAUUCAAAUCGUUCAAUGUGUUUUCAGAUAAUUUGUCUUGUUCCUGUUCUAGCUCGAAGACUAUGAUUGAAGAUGAGGACGAAGAAGUUGUUUACAGCCCACCGAUGGUGUCUUCUAUGACUCCUAUAGUGGAUACAUCUAUUCCAAGUAAUUUGUCUGAUUCUCCAUGUCAUCAAACUAAUCCAGAUGCUGAUGCCACUCCUCUUAAUCCUGAUGAAAGAGAGUUAAUGUCCAGAGAUACUUCCGUUGCUACUCAAACAUUUAUGGAACUUCUCUUUCCUGAACCAAUCGCUAACAAGUUUGUGGCAAGCCCCUCUCACGAUUCUAGUGCGUCCAAGGUGGUUCAUAUAGCAGAUGAUGGAUUUGUCAAUAUUCAUAACCUUCCUAUAAUGCUCAAUGACAUCAACUAG